AUGGCAGAGUCCAUCUCUUUUGUGAAGGGGGAGCUGGUCGUGCCAACGCACCCCAUUAUCCCCUACAUUGAGGGUGAGGGAAUCGGGAAGGAGAUCACAGAGGUGGCGCAUCGCGUUUUCGACGCAGCGGUGGCGAAGGAGUACGGUGCGACGCGGAAGAUCUCGUGGGUGGAAGUGCUCGCAGGGGAGAAAGCGUUCGAGAAGAAGGGCACUUGGCUGCCAGCGGAGACCAUCGAGGCAUUUGACAAGUACCACGUAGGCAUGAAGGGCCCACUAGGGACGCCGGUCGGCGAAGGAAUUCGCUCACUAAACGUGGUGCUGCGCCGCGAGCUGGACUUGUUUGUGUGCCAGCGUCCUGUGCGAUGGUUUACCGGCGUCGGCUCGCCGAUCCGUCACCCGGAGUGGGUGGACAUGGUUGUGUUCCGCGAGAACACGGAGGACAUCUACUCGGGCAUCGAGUGGGCGGAGGGUACCCCCGAGGUUGCGAAAUUUGCCGACUUUCUGCAGAAGGAGAUGGGCGUGACGAUGGUGCGCUUCCCUGAGACAAGCGCGUAUGGUGUGAAGCCAGUUUCGGUGGAGGGGAGCGAGCGACUGGUGCGUGCAGCGGUGCGGUACGCUAUUGAUCACCACCUUCCGUCCGUCACCCUGGUGCACAAGGGUAACAUCAUGAAAUACACAGAAGGAGGUUUCAAGAAGUGGGGCUACGCUUUGGCGGAGCGCGAGUUCCCUGAGGCCGUCUUCACAAUGACUCAGUACGACGCCAUUAAGACAAAAAGCGGCAAGGAGGCGGCAGAGACAGCGCUACGAGAAGCGACGGACAGCGGCAAAGUAGUGAUCAAAGAUUGCAUCUGCGACUCCUUCCUGCAAAACACAAUUCUUCGUCCAUUAGACUAUAGCGUAAUUGCCACAACGAACCUAAACGGCGAUUACGUGUCGGACCAGCUGGCUGCUCUUGUCGGUGGCAUUGGUAUUUCUCCAGGGGCGAACAUCAACUACACGACCGGCCACGCCAUUUUCGAGGCGACCCACGGGACGGCACCGGAUAUUGCUGGACAAGGCAAAGCGAACCCGUCCUCGCUAAUCCUCUCUGGGGCUAUGAUGUUUGACUACAUGGGGUGGUCUGAGGUGUCGGCGCGCAUCGUCAACGCACUUGAAAUGGUUUUUCAAGCUAACAUGGCAACGAGCGAUCUUGCGCGGCAGAUGGUUGGCGCAAAGUCACUCUCGACAGCAGAUUUUGGGGAUGCGAUCAUCCGGAAGAUCAACGGUGAAGGGGAGUAG